UAUGGCUUUGUUAUAGGCUUAUAAAAAAAUAGGAAAAAAUUUAAGUGAAAAAGGCUUUGCAGCUGAUCGAUCGAUUUCUUCUUGUAUUUUGACAAGUUCAUAUCGUAUUAGAUUCUGUCAAAAUAACACCCGAUUAUUUUAUUAGAAUAUUUUAAAAAAAAGAAACUAUAAAGUUUUUAAAUUAUAGUUUCACACAUGGAACCAACUGACGAUAAUUCAGCACAAAAUUCGGCACCUAGUGAGUCAUUGCAGACAGUACCAAUUUAUAAUUUAGACGCGUCGUCUUCUGAUAGUGACUCUGAUGACCCGAGACGUAGAGGUGGUCCCCCUGUAGGACCUCCAAUAGAUAUAACGCCUGCAACAAGUGGCUCUCAAGCUACAAUAAUGUCACAGCGUCAACGAGUACAGGUACCACAACGUUCUUAUACAACUCCUCUUCCGAGACAACAUGAAAGACAACUUUCGGAGUUAUCGGCCGUAGCAGAAUCGGUACAAACUAGACCAAGCGUUGACGAAGAGAAUUUCUUUGAAGAUGAUUCAUCUAGUGAAGAAGAACCAUUUCAACUUCAAGAUUCUCGAUUAUCAGGUCAAACUGAAACACCCAUAACGGCUUCUCAAAUUGUUGAACAUUCCGUUGUUGACGUUUCUCCGAGAACGGAUAAUCGAGGAUUAAGACCUUUAAACUUACUGGAUGAAAAUGUAGAGAAAGGAUCAUCAUCACUUAUGAAAGAGAAAGUAUCAUAUGAUCCUAAAUCACGUGGAAUACCAAUGACGCAGGCAGCAGCAGAACAUUCAAGUGAUACAGGAGGAUAUCGUCGUUCAAAAGAAGCAGACCAUAUGUUUCAUCAUCGUGAAUCUUCAGAUCUCUUACCAUUAACUCUCGUAUCAGGAAGCACAUCUAGUGGACUUACAUAUUCAACUAAUUAUGCUUAUCUUUCUCCACCUUUUGGGCGAGUCAUAAACCGAUCACAGAUAAUGGCUAGAGUUGCUUGGUUUUCUCAGUUUGUCAUAUUCAACAUCGUUUAUGCAGAGUAUAAAUUAAAUUCAACAACGACGGAUGGGAAAACUUCCAUGUCUAAUCUGAUUGGAUUAGUUAUUAUUCCACUUAUUUUUUUUGUUGCCUACAUUUUACUUAUUACAGUAUGGACUUAUGUAGAUCUUAAGAAUAAAGGAUUUGAUUCAUCCUUCACAGUAUUAUAUUAUUCCCCCCUAAUGAUUUUUUCAAUAUUUUUUGAGGAAAAGAAGCGAGUUGAUGCAUCAAAAUUUCAUGAAGUAAAUUACGGAGCAAAGUGGUGGAGAAUUGGUACAACAAAAGUGAGAGAGGGUCUUGUUAUGGGUUUUUACUGUUUAUUUAUUAUAGGAUUUGUUACAUCCGACAUAUUAGGUAGAGCUUUUAAUCAACGUAAUGCUGAAGUAUCAAAGGUAUUUGAAGACGUUGUACCAUUUUUAUUUAUGUUAGUUGUAUUUUCAUUGGGAUUCAUAGUUUCGAUUUGGGCAGUAGUUGAAGCUAUUGUAACAGGAAGUAUGCUUGGAAGUGGUGAAGGAAAGAAGAGAUUAGUAGGCGUAUUACCAAAUGCAUUUAAAAAAAAAGAGUAUUAUAAAAGUUAAUUAAUUUUAAUGCAUUUUAACAAACAAUUAAUUUUUAUUGGUAAUUCUUCUA